AUGGCUUCUUUGAAAUCUAUAGUUGAAUCAGAUCCAACCAUACCUUAUCCUCUUCAAGUGCCUCCACUGCCCACCGGGCGUGUUCUUCUCCAGCAUCAAGAAGCACCAACCACGCAUUCUAUUGCUCCAUAUAUGAAUUCUUUUGCUUCCAACCCGCUCAUCGACCAUCCGUUCUCCUCCCCUUGUCGGAUUUGUAAGGACAACAUGGAUAAAAGCUUUGGGGAUUGUUCAAUUCCACAAGAAAAGUCGAAUGCUGAUAUAAACGAGGAGUUGGAGUUAUCUGAAGCAACUGGGCAUAAGAGUUGUGACUGGGCCAAUGGUAUGUCUCCUAAUUCUCAAGCUAAGGAAGCAAAGUCUGAAGGUUACAAAGUAGAGAUUGUAGGAGCAGCAGCUGCUUCUGGUCUUCCUCUUUCUGAUGUUGCUGCUGAAGCAAGGCAUGCAUGUGGAGUUGUUGGUACGAUGGGUGUUGCACUCUCGGUUUGCACGCUUCCAGGUCAGCCGAAAUCUCACCAUUUAGGCCCAGGAAAAAUGGAGCUUGGUCUUGGAAUUCAUGAAGAACCUGGUGUUGUCGUGGAAGACAUCCAACCUGUGGAUUUGUUGGUAUCCCAUGUGUUGAAUCGCAUACUGUCAUCAGUGCUUGAUAUGCCUACUUAUGAGGCUUCACAAAAAGAAUAUGCUCGAAAGGGUCAUAAGCAUUUCUAUUUCAUGACAUUGAAUGGCAGUGAGAGUAGGAAGGUAGAUCUGGUCACAAUAUACAUGGAGGCUGAUGAAGGAGACAAUUACACACAUAUUCCAGUAAGAAACAGAGUUGGAUGA